AUGAAUGCGUCCUCCUCUGAUGAUGAUACUUCAUUGUCAACAGUACCAUCAUCUUCGACAUGUUGGCUGGCAAUCAUCACCGAACUAGAUGCUUGUGAGACGAACACGAGAAUGGAAGAAUCUUACAGUGCCAUUGCCAAGGCUGUUGCGGAACAACCUGAUGAUAUCAGCCUGGUUUCAAUUCGAUUAAAGCCUAGUGAUUCUGCUCAUGUUAUGGAACGAGCGGUAGAACUUACCAAGCGACUAGUAAGAUUAUCAGAAAACUGUAAAGAUGGAGGAAAAGUCGGUGUGGAAGACCAAGUGCUGCUACCAUGCCCAAGCUUCAAGGUUGUGUGCUCGAGUGAUUGGGUCGAGGCAGCAGUCUUGGGAGGAGCUCAUGGGGUGCAUGUCAAGGAACACCACUUGUCGCAAGUACCUUAUAUCCGAGAACGAUUAACUGUGGCCAAUUCCAAUUCCCCGAUUUGGAUCGGAACCUCGGCCCACAGCGUCGAAUCCGCUCUGAAUUCAUACAGAGAGUAUCAACCAGACUAUUACUUUGUUGGAACCUGUUUUCUCACCGCCAGUCAUCCUGAAAAGACUUCCGAAGCUGAUUUGGAAGGACCUAGUCUACCUGGAACUGUCCAACAAGCGCUUAAAGUUGCUGCCAAAUCGGCACCACCCAAAGUGAUGGCCAUUGGUGGUAUUGAUGCAAGCAACUGUCACAUUCCUGUGGAACUUGGUGCCGAUGGUGUUGCUGUUAUUCGAGCUGUCCUACAAGCCAAAGACCCGGCAAAGGCGGUAGCCGACAUGCAAUCUAGGAUGAAGGUUGCAGUGAAAAGCAGUAUGACCACAGAGCGAGAUUUAAAAAGUGCCACUGAAGCGACCCAUCAUCAUGAAUGA